AGGAGGCCGCCGCGUGAGUCGCGCGCCGCCCCCGCGAGCUGAGUUGAGCUAAGGCUCCGGCGUGGAGAGGAGCGCAGAGAGGAAAGGCGGCCGGAGGGGGCGGAAGAAGAGCGCUCUUGAAGCGUUGAGCCCUGAAGAUGGCAGCAGAAGCCAAUCAUGUCCAUUCAGGGUUUGAGAUGGCAGAAGUAAAUGAUGGCACACCAAACAGCCGUCCCAGGAUCUGCCUGGAACGUAUAGAAAAGAGCACAGAUAUCAAGGCACGUGUGCUGAAGAAAGUGAAGAAAAAAUGCACCUGCACCGCAGCUGCUGCCAAAGACCUGCUCUUCAGCUUCCUCCCAGUGCUUAAAUGGCUCCCCAAGUACAACCUGAAAGAGAACAUCUUGGGAGAUUUAAUGUCUGGCUUGAUCGUGGGGAUCUUGCUGGUUCCGCAGUCCAUUGCCUAUUCUCUGCUGGCUGGCCAAGAACCUAUCUAUGGCCUUUAUACGUCGUUCUUUGCAGGCCUCAUUUAUUUCCUGUUUGGAACUUCCCGUCACAUCUCUGUCGGCAUUUUCGGUGUACUGUGCCUGAUGAUAGGAGAAGUAGUGGACCGUGAAGUACAGAGAGCUGGGUAUGAUUUGGAAGCAAACGUUCCUAGUAGUUAUAACUCAGACACGCAUCUAUCCGUAAAUAACAGCACACUGGGGCCUUUGACAGCAAAUGAGACAUCACAUUUGUUAUGUGACAAAAGUUGCUAUGCAAUUAGUGUUGGAGCCACGGUGACAUUUGUUGCUGGCCUUUACCAGGUUGCCAUGGGCUUCUUCCAAGUGGGCUUUGUCGCUGUAUACCUCUCUGAUUCCUUGCUCAGCGGAUUUGUUACAGGUGCUUCCUUCACCAUCCUUACCUCACAAGCCAAAUACCUCUUGGGCUUAAACAUUCCCCGUAGCAAUGGCAUUGGUUCCUUGAUAACCACUUGGAUGAACAUAUUCAGAAACAUCCACAAGACCAACUUCUGCGAUCUCAUCACCAGCUGCUUGUGCCUUCUUGUUCUUAUCCCAGCUAAAGAGCUGAACGAGCGAUACAAAUCCAAACUUAAGGCGCCCAUGCCCACAGAGUUGGUGGUGUUGGUGGUAGCCACCCUGGCAUCUCAUUUUGGGAAGCUAAAAGAGAAAUACGGCUCCAGUGUUUCUGGGCAUAUUCCUACUGGGUUUUUGCCACCGCAAUCACCAGACUGGAGUCUGAUUCCCAAUGUGGCUCUGGAUGCAAUGGCCAUAGCCAUUAUUGGCUUUGCCAUCACAGUAUCUCUCUCUGAGAUGUUUGCCAAGAAGCAUGGCUACACAGUUAAACCCAACCAGGAAAUGUAUGCCAUUGGUUUCUGCAACAUCAUCCCUUCUUUCUUCCAUUGUUUCACUACUAGCGCAGCCCUUGCCAAGACACUUAUCAAAGAGUCGACAGGCUGCAGGACUCAGAUCUCCGGUGUGGUGUCUGCCUUGGUCAUCUUGUUAGUCCUCCUUGUGAUUGCUCCCCUGUUCUAUUCCCUCCAGAAGUGUGUGCUAGGGGUCAUUACCAUUGUCAAUCUCAGAGGAGCCUUGCGGAAAUUCAGUGACCUGCCCAAAAUGUGGCAGUUAAGCAAAGUGGACACGGCGAUCUGGUUCGUCACCAUGUUAUCUUCAGCACUGAUAAGUACUGAACUUGGCCUUCUGAUUGGGGUCUGCUUUUCAAUGCUGUGUGUCAUUGUGAGGACGCAGAGACCAGAAGGGCACUUAUUGGGCUGGGUGCCAGAAUCUGAAGUCUAUGAACCCCUUCCCGAAUAUAGGAACCUUCAGACGAAACCAGGGAUCAGGGUUUUCCGUUUUGAAGCACCCAUCUACUACGCUAAUAAAGAGAGCUUCAAGUCCAUGCUGUACAAGCAGACUGGAGUCAACCCUCUGUGGGUGUUGGCAGCAAGGAGAAAAGCGGAAAAGCGAAAGCUUAGUAAGAAAAUGGUCAAUGCCAACGGAAACCAGGCAGAGGUCUCAGUACAGCUUGUCGCUCACCCAUUGGAGUUUCACACUAUAGUGAUUGACUGCUGUGCGGUGCAGUUCUUAGAUACAGCAGGGAUCCACACGCUCAAGGAGGUUCACAAGGAUUAUGGGGAAAUUGGCAUCCAAGUGCUGCUGGCUCACUGCAAUCCCUCUGUGAGGGAAUCCCUAGACCGAGGGGAGUACCUUAAAAAGGGGGAGGAACAAUUCCUCUUCCAUAGCGUGCACCAAGCUGUGGAAUACGCAUUGUGUGCUCAUGGGCAGCAUGGGCUCUGCGCCUCCAAAGCCUAAUUUCACUAAAGAGUGAAUGGUGAAUAUUAGCCAAAUUCAGGUAAUGGCAGACUUGUGUGUGAGAGAGAUAAUGCUGGGCAUACACUUGCACAGAAUUAAAGGGCUAAUUAUUUUAUUCAUACGCU